CUGCGGGUGCGAUUCCUUUCUUCGGGGAACAAUCUGUAGACCCGUCACGUGACAGGCCCCCGGAACUCGGAUAGAGAGGGCGAGGGAUUCGAGCACCGCGAGCGGCCCCAAGAAACGCCGAAGCGAGCGCAAACCAGCCAGAACCAAAGAGCCGGUCGCCUGGCCGAUGGUGAGGAUCCUCCCGAUGGCCGUCUCCUACUCCUUCCAGCUCGCCGCCCUCCGUCCCCCCUCCGCCGCCGUCCGGCUCGCCUCCAACGCCCGCCUCGGCCUCCACUCCGUCCCCUUCCGCCGCCUUGUUCUCUCCCAUCUCGGAAGCGCUAUGCAUCACCAGCAGUUGUUUGGAAUAAGACCUUGUAAGUUGAUAAGAAAAGCGAGAGGCGUAGAGGCCAGUGCUGCUGGAAAUAUGACGACUCAAGCAAGCACCACUGUUAGUCAAGAAGAGGCCUUAGAGUGGGUGAAAAAGGACAAGAGGAGGCUUCUUCAUGUUGUUUAUCGUGUUGGGGACUUGGACAAGACAAUAAAGUUCUACACAGAGUGCUUGGGCAUGAAAUUGCUGCGAAAACGUGACAUUCCUGAGGAAAGAUACACAAAUGCUUUCCUUGGAUACGGGCCUGAAGACUCACAUUUUGUUGUUGAACUCACUUACAAUUAUGGGGUUGACAAGUAUGAUAUUGGAGAUGGUUUUGGUCACUUCGGUAUUGCAGUUGAGGAUGUUGCCAAGACGGUGGAUCUUAUAAAAGCCAAGGGAGGAAAAGUGACGAGGGAACCUGGCCCAUUAAAUGGGGGCAAAACUCUGGUUGCCUCUAUUGAAGAUCCAGAUGGUUAUAAGUUUGAGCUUUUGGAAAGGGGCCCUACACCAGAGCCCUUUUGUCAAGUAAUGCUUCGUGUAGGAGAUCUUGAUCGUGCUACAAACUUCUAUGAGAAGGCAUUUGGUAUGGAGCUUCUACACAAACAAGACAAUCCUGAGUACAAGCAUACUAUGGCAAUGAUGGGAUAUGGUCCUGAAGAUAAAAAUGCAGUGGUGGGGUUGAUGUACAACUACGGGGUUAAAGAAUAUGACAAAGGAAAUGCCUAUGCUCAGAUUGCGAUAGGCACAGAUGAUGUUUAUAAAACUGCAGAAGCAAUAAAACUGUACGGGGGAAAAAUUACUCGUGAACCAGGCCCUUUACCUGGCAUUAACACAAAGAUCACUGCCUGCUUGGAUCCUGAUGGUUGGAAAACGGUCUUUGUUGACAACAUAGAUUUUGCCAAGGAACUGGAAUGAACUGAUCAUCAUGCCUAAGCUUCUAGUGCUGAGUUUGUCAAGGAAUAUCUGACCUCCUAUCACUAAAUGCGGCCUUUGCCUGUCAAGUCUUGUAAAAGCACAGACCACCCCACAACACAAGACACCCACCACCCCACCCCACCCCCCCUCAGUUUGUACAUAAGCCAUUCAACCUUCCAUGUUAGUGAUAGCAUGUAACACAUCUGAUCCAUAUAGCGCGGUGUAGAUGUGAGAUUCCUUUUGAUGCAAUUUUAAUUUAUUCAUCAUAUCAAUCUAGUUUGGCUCCAACUCAUUCUUAUUAUAUUGGUUCUGCUUAUUAAAUUGCCACGGUGACAUUCAUGUUGGCAUGACAAUUUAACAUUUGGCGUAUGCCUUCAAUCCAGAUCUGUUGGUCA